AUUGACAUUUCCUUUUUUUUUUCUUUUUCCUGUCGAACAGUGAAAGGUGAUUCAGAAUUGGUGAUUCAAUAUUGAUUAGAGAGAGAAGGCACAUGGAUGAGGCUGGAAUCGAAGUUUUAUGGUCAAUUUCGUUGGUGAAGUAAUGUUGAUGGUUUCGUUGACAGAUCCCCGACGAAUCGAGUUCAGAGAAUCUCUCCUCUGGAACGGAGACGCUUCUAUUACAGAAUCCCGUGCGCGUCAGAUUACCGAGCAUCCAGUCGAUCGAGAACCAUGAUCGUGGAACCGAUCGUGGUAUCGAUCGCGAUCCGGCGUUGAAAUCGUUCAGAGAGAGAGAGAGAGAAAGAGAGAUCGAGACUUCGUUUAUCCGCGUGUGAUCGUCGAUUGAUCAUGAGACGAGCGUACGAGUAACACGCGACGGAAACCCCGCUGCUGGACAGUUUUCUCGUUCGACGAGACGUGAAUCGAUGAUGCCGCCCGCCAAAAUGACGAACGAAAUGGCGUUCAUCCUUGCCAUCUGGCUCCUGAUCGUUGCCAGGGGAGUGACGAGCACGGGACAACGAUAUACUACCAGCCCGGCGCAGGAUCUGGAUAAUACUCUGCAAUCGGUCCCGCCUCUUGGGCCGAACGUGUGCAGGUCAAGAUACAAGAAUUACUGUUGCCCCGGCUGGACGAAGAAGCCCGAGACCGGUCUCUGCGUAAUUCCUAUAUGCGUGAGAAGAUGCGGCCCGCUGGGCAGAUGCAUAAGGCCGAACAUUUGCUUGUGCGAGGGUGGCACCGUGGCUUCGUCCUGCACCAGCGGUCAAACCAAAGCUACGCCCACGUAUGAAACUGGUAGUAACGCGUUGGACAGGGGCGAGUCUGGUAGAUGCAGGGUGCACUGCAUAAAUGGCAACUGCGUUGAUGGCAAGUGUCAGUGUCGGAGCGGAUAUCAGGGCGAAUUUUGCAACGAGCCAAUCUGUCGAGAACCGUGCUUGAACCAAGGGAGAUGUAUCGGUCCGGAUCGUUGCGCUUGUAUCUACGGAUACACUGGAAGACGAUGCGAAACAGAUUACAGAACCGGGCCGUGUUACACGAAAGUGAAGAACGGCCAGUGCUUGGCGAAUCUUCAGGGUGUCGUGUGCACGCGGCAGUUGUGCUGCGCCACCGUGGGCAAGGGCUGGGGCCAUCCCUGCGAAAGGUGUCCCGCGAGGCUCGACUGCGAGCUGGGCCACUUGAAAACUAACCAAGGCCAGUGCGUUGACAUCAACGAGUGCGAAGCGAUACCGGGUUUAUGCGAGGGUGGAAAAUGCGUCAACACUCCGGGCUCCUUCACUUGCGAGUGUCCCGACGGCCAGGCCAGAGAUCCCGAGACAAACUCUUGCAAGGACAAAGACGAGUGCCAGGAGGAAGGAAUUUGCACGGACGGCCGAUGCAUCAACACGAACGGUGGUUACUAUUGCCUUUGCAAUCCAGGAUUUAUCCAGAGCCAAGAUCGAAGAUUCUGUAUAGAUGGAAGGCAGGGCCUCUGUUACACGUCCGUGAACAGAAACGGCCAGUGCAAAAAUCGUUUGGCAAUGAGGCUGAGCAAGAAAGAUUGCUGCUGCGGGAAGAACAUGGGACGCGGAUGGGGUGACGAGUGUUACAUCUGCCCGAAUCCCGGAAGUGACGAUUACAACAGGCUUUGCUUGCAACAACUGCAACCGAUCACCGAGAUAAACGAGUGCGCGUUGAGGCCGGACAUAUGCGGAAACGGGAAGUGCAUAGACACCAAGGACGGAUACGAGUGCGACUGUUACAACGGAUUCACCAAGAAGGGAAACAGAUGCGAGGAUAUCGACGAGUGCCUGUUGGGAUAUUGCCAGGGCGGUACUUGUCGAAAUUACGAGGGAAGCUUCUCGUGUCAGUGCCCCCCGGGAUUCGUCGUGUCUGGUGAAGGCAGAUAUUGCACGGAUCACGAUGAAUGCCAGGACACGGGAAUGUGCAACAACGGGCACUGCAUCAACAUGAACGGCUCGUUCAAGUGCAAGUGCAACGAUGGCUACGUUUUGUCUCCCACAAAGAAUACCUGCAUAGAUAUCAACGAAUGCGCCGAGAAUCCGAGAAUCUGUUUGAACGGCCGAUGCGAGAACACACCGGGCUCGUACCACUGCAUUUGCCAGCCUGGAUUCACUCCCUCGAGAGACAACACGUUUUGCGUGGACAUGGACGAGUGUUCCACGAGCGGGAUGUGCGAGAACGGAAAGUGCGUGAACAUGGAGGGCUCCUUCAAAUGCGUCUGCGACUCCGGCUUCCGGAUUGGACCCGACCAGAGCCACUGCAUAGACAUAGACGAGUGUCUGAGCGCACCGUGCCAAAAUGGCCGGUGCAUCAACACCCCUGGUAGCUUUCGAUGCGAGUGCAAUCCUGGAUUUAAUUUGGGACCGGAUGGACGAUCUUGCCUAGAGACAAGGAGGGAUCUGUGUUACUCCCAGUACAGAGACGGCCAAUGCUCGAAUCCCACGUCGACGGCAGUGACAAAGUCGAGCUGUUGCUGUUGCACGGUAAUACUGGGACAGCCCAUGGGCUGGGGUACCCCCUGUCAACCCUGUCCACUUCCAAACACCAACGAGUUCGACGCUUUGUGCCCGCACGGUGCUGGAAUGACUUACAGCGGAGAUGAUAUCAACGAGUGUGCGCAGAAUCCAAACAUUUGCGUGAACGGUGGCUGCGAGAAUCUCAUGGGCACCUAUCGUUGCAUCUGCGACAGCGGGUACGAGGUUGACGCAACAGGGAAGAUAUGCAGCGACAUAAACGAGUGCGAAUUGGAGCAGUCGUUGUGCAGCGGUGGCCAGUGUCGAAACACCCCUGGCAGCUUCCAGUGUAUUUGCCCGAGCGGGAUGCGAUUCAACACGCAGAACCACAUGUGCGAGGAUAUCGACGAGUGCGAGGAGCUUGGACCGGAUGUGUGCUUGAACGGAAUCUGUAUAGAUACUCUGGGAUCCUACGAGUGCGAGUGUUCACCCGGAUACAUCCUCGACCACACAGGCCACAUUUGCAUGGACAACAGGAGAGGCUCCUGCUGGACCAAGAUGAUAGACGGUCGAUGCGAGUACAAUCUGCCAAGAUUGGCGUUAAAGUCGGAAUGCUGCUGCUCGGUGGGUGUCGCCUGGGGAAGCCCCUGCGAGCUCUGCGACCACUCCAUCUGCGAGUGCACCAAAGGUUACGCGAAAUUCGGCGGAAAAGAUUGCGUGGACGUGAACGAGUGCGAGUUGAACAGCGACAUAUGCAAAGGUGGCGGCACGUGCGUCAACACCGAUGGAUCCUAUCGCUGCGAGUGUCCCCCCGGAUUGACUUUAGACGCCACGCAUAUCACGUGCAUAGACACGAGGCAGGAGACUUGUUACCUGGAUUAUAGACACGGCCAGUGCACGAAUCCAAUCGAGGGCCAAUUUUCCAAGAGUCUGUGCUGUUGUUCCGUGGGCCGUGCGUGGGGCAGCGAGAGAUGCGAAGCGUGUCCGAAGCCGGGGACCCACGCGCACAAGGAACUGUGUCCAAGGGGGGGCGGUUUCACGGAUAAGCAAGACGUGAACGAGUGCAUCGAGUUUCCAGGGAUGUGCUUGAACGGAAGAUGCAAGAACACCGUUGGAAGUUUCAGCUGCAAGUGCAACCAGGGCUUCGCGUUGGACGAACAUGGGAUUAAAUGUAACGACAUCGACGAAUGCGAGAUCAUGCGCGGAGUGUGCGGGAACGGAACCUGCAGAAACACACCUGGCAAUUUCCAGUGUGAUUGCAAUCCUGGAUAUCUCGGCCACGAUAUAAUGAAAAUUUGCAUGGACAUAAACGAAUGCGAGGAGACACCAGGAUUGUGCCGAGGGGGUAGUUGCAUCAACACGGAGGGCAGCUUCAAGUGUCAAUGCCCACCCGGCCACGAGCUAGGCCCUGACAAGCAGUCGUGCAAGGACAUAGACGAGUGUUCGAGAACAAGCGGAAUUUGCUCGAACGGUGUCUGUGAGAACAUGAUGGGCACUUAUCAAUGCAUAUGCGACGAUGGUUAUCAACAAACUGGACUAAAGUCCCACUGCGAGGAUAUAAACGAAUGCGCGACCAAUAACGGUGGCUGCGAGGACGUUUGUCUCAAUACGCCUGGCAGCUUCUCCUGUUCUUGCAGCAUCGGGUUCGCGUUGAAUCUCGACGGCAGAUCGUGCGUGGACGUGGACGAAUGCAAAGAGAAUCCACGAAUUUGCAAUGGAGGGAAAUGCACCAACAUAGAAGGUGGCUACAUAUGCACCUGCACCGAUGGAUUGAUACCCGGAAAGGACGGGGCGUCCUGCAUAGACAUCGACGAGUGCAACGCGCAGCCCAAUAUAUGCGGCUACGGCGAAUGCUACAACACGAUUGGGUCGUACAAUUGUCGUUGCGAGGAAGGUUAUUCGGUGAAACCGGACCAGGGACCGGGAUGCACCGACGACGACGAGUGCCUUUUAAACGUCUACUCUUGCAGCGAAUUCGCGGAGUGCCAGAACACCCAAGGCUCGUACGAGUGCACCUGCCACGAGGGUUUCGUAGGGAACGGCGUCGAGUGUAGAGACAUCAACGAGUGCCUCACCAACAAUGGAGGAUGCGACUCUAACGCGCAGUGCAUCAAUACGGAGGGGUCUUUCAAGUGCGACUGCGACGCCGGGUUCAGAGGGGAUGGCUACACUUGCAAGGAUAUCGACGAAUGCGCCAACGACAACACUCUUUGCGAAAAUGGCCACUGCCUAAAUUAUCCCGGAUCGUUUCGAUGCGAGUGCGAGAUGGGCUUCAUGCACCCUGACGAGAAUAACGAGCAGACAUGCGUGGAUAUAAACGAGUGCGAGAUGUUCAGCAAUUUGUGCGUGUUCGGCCGAUGCGAGAAUAUAUUCGGCAUGUUUCGUUGCGAGUGCCACGAGGGAUACAAGUUGGACGGCUCGGGUGGAAAUUGCACGGAUAUCGACGAAUGCGAGAAUCCUCAAUCGUGCCAGUACGGCACGUGUGUGAAUACUCAGGGGAAAUACAUAUGCAAGUGUCCGCCUUAUUACGAGUUGGUCGAAGCUGGAAACGCCUGCGUCGACAGACGAGAAUCGUUCUGCUUCGUCGGUUUCGAACACGGUACCGGAAGGCCUCAGUGCAUCUUUGACAUGGCCUCUUCGGUGACGAAAGCGACGUGUUGCUGCAGCAUUGGCAACGCUUGGGGAAAUCGUUGCGAGGAGUGUCCCCAAGUUGGAACGAAAGAAUUCCAGGAAUUGUGUCCGGGUGGUUCCGGAUACAGACCGAAUCUGGAGACCGUCAUCCUGGAGGAUAUCAACGAAUGCGAGGAAUACGAGAAUAUCUGUCAGAACGGGCAUUGCACCAACACGUUCGGCAGUUUCAUGUGCUCCUGCAACGAGGGCUUUAUUCUGGACGACACCAAAAGCAGUUGCAUAGAUGUGAACGAAUGCGCUUUGCAUCCACAAAUAUGUGGGGUGGGUCAUUGCAUCAACGAUCAAGGGAAAUAUCACUGCGAGUGUCCAGAAGGGUACAUGGCGAUGCCAGGAGGAAAGGAAUGUGUCGACAUGAGGAAGGAAUCGUGCUAUCUGAAUUACGAGUCGGGCGAAUGUUUCAACCCGAUGAUGCAUCCGCAAACGAAAAUGUUGUGCUGUUGUUCCAUGGGAGCCGCGUGGGGUAGCCCUUGUGAAAAGUGUCCAGCCGAGAGGACCCGGGAGCACGAAAUUCUUUGCGGCCAGGUACCUGGCCAGAUAAUGAAUCCCAUAACGAAUCACACGGAGGAAAUCGACGAGUGCGCUCUCAUGCCGACAAUGUGCACUCACGGCCGUUGCAUGAACACUCCUGGAAGUUUCGAGUGUCAGUGCGAUCGUGGAUACGUGUACGAUCAGGAUUCUCAUCAGUGCAUCGACGAGAACGAGUGUCUACAGAUUCCGAAUCCGUGCAGUGGAAACGCACAGUGCAUAAACAAGCAAGGUUACUUCGAAUGCGUUUGCCCGGCCGGAUACAAAUUGGGGCUGAGUCAACGAGACUGCGUCGACAUCGACGAGUGCUACGAGCGGCCAGGAAUUUGCAACAAUGGCGCCUGCAACAACCUGCAAGGCAGUUUCCAGUGCAUCUGCCACGGUGGGUUCGCGCUCACACGGGACAGGGACAACUGCGUGGAUAUCGACGAGUGUCAAAGAAAUCCGAAUAUCUGCAACAACGGCACCUGCGUGAACACGCUCGGCUCGUACAAGUGCAUCUGCUAUCAAGGAUUCAAGCUUAGCCCCAAUAACGAUUGCGCGGACAUCGACGAGUGCAGGAUUAUGCCCUUCCUCUGUCGCAACGGCAGGUGUCGAAACACUAUCGGAGCCUUCAACUGUGAAUGCGCCGAUGGCUACGUGCUGGCUCAAGAUGGCCAGCACUGCAGAGACAUCGACGAGUGUCACGAAAUUCCGGGCCUCUGCCCAUCGCCAGGAAAGUGUCAGAACUUAAUGGGAUCUUACAUAUGCACUUGUCCACUUGGUUACGAGUUGGAUCACACGAGAAAGAAGUGCGUGGACGUGGACGAGUGCGUGACGAGCGAAGAAAUCUGCGAGAAUGGACGGUGCAUCAACACGGAGGGUGGGGUGAUCUGCGAGUGCCCCGUCGGGUACAGAUUGAGCGACAAGCCGAAUUCGAUGAGGUGCAUCGACGUCAGGGAGGAUCUGUGCUACGACCGAUACGUGGGCCACCUGAGAGGACGAUGCUCCUUUCCCAGAACGGGCGCGAUGACGAAGAAACACUGUUGUUGCACCAUGGGCAAGGCAUGGGGCAAGUACUGCGAACAAUGCCCUCCGGAGGAUAGCGAGGAAUUCAAAAGAUUGUGCCCCGAGGGAGCAGGCAGGGACGACACGGGGAUCGACUUGAACGAGUGCCUCUUCAUGCCGGACGCUUGCGCAGGUGGCGAGUGCAUAAACACGGAUGGCUCCUUCCGAUGCGAGUGCCCCUCCGGCUACAUGCUGGACGCGAGCGGCAGACGUUGCGUGGACAACAACGAGUGCCUGUCCCAGCAAAACAUAUGCGGGAACGGGACGUGCACCAACAUCGAAGGGGGUUUCGAGUGUUCGUGCAACGAAGGAUUCACCCCGGGCGUGAACCAAGUCUGCGAGGACGUGAACGAGUGUCUGGAGCUGGGCAACCAAUGCGCCUUCCGAUGCCAUAACGCCCCUGGUUCCUUCAGAUGCAUCUGCCCCUACGGCUACACCUUGGCCCCGGACGCGAGACAUUGCAUAGACGUGGACGAGUGUGCGACCCCGGCCAACAAUUGCAAGUAUCAAUGCAAGAAUCUUAUCGGUUCCUUCAUGUGCAUCUGUCCACCUGGAUACCAACAAAUCGGCAUGACCGACGAGUGCAAAGACGUCGACGAAUGCGCGAUUAAUUCAGGUUUGUGCCGAAAUGGUCAAUGCGUGAACGUGGAGGGUAGUUAUCAGUGCCUUUGCUACGACGGCUUCGAGCAGAGUCCGGAUGGAAAAUCUUGCAUAGACCGUAGGAUGGGUUACUGUUUCCUGCAAACGAUCGGUGGCAGGUGCACCGCAAGAACCUCCGAUCUGAAGACGGUGACGAAAGCGGAUUGCUGCUGCACUAUGGGCGCGGCUUGGGGACCCCAGUGUGAGAUUUGCCCCACGAAAGACUCUGACAAUUACAACGAGCUAUGCUUGGACAAAGGUUUCUCCGUGGAUGGUCAAGACAUCGACGAAUGCAGAACUAUUCCUGACCUGUGCAAAAACGGAUUGUGCAUCAAUACUCUGGGUUCUUAUAGAUGCGUCUGCAAUAAAGGAUAUAAGGCGGAUAAGUCUGGGACCCAAUGCGUUGAUAUAAACGAGUGCGAGGUAACGCCAAAGCCGUGCAAGUUCAAUUGUCAGAACACGGAAGGAAGUUUCAUCUGUUCCUGUCCAGCCGGUUUCAUUUUGAACCCCGAUGGAGUCAGCUGCAGAGAUCUGGACGAAUGCGCGACAGGGAAUCAUCUGUGCCAACAGAAUUGCAUCAACACUCAAGGAAGCUACACUUGCGGUUGCCAAGAGGGUUACACGCAAGACGGAGACGCUUGUCACGACAUAAACGAGUGCGACCAGCCUGGAACCUGUCCAAAACCGGGCACCUGCAUCAAUACGCUCGGCAGUUUCCGGUGUAUCUGUCCCAGAGGGUUCAAGCUUGACCAGUCUGGAAGAUUUUGCAUCGAUCAGAACGAGUGUGCCGAUGAUAGCACUUGCGAGCACGGUUGCCAGAACUUUAUGGGAAGCUAUCGUUGCGGAUGUCCAGAAGGAUUCGUUCAACAUCUUUAUUACAACCAGUGCAUCGAUGAGAACGAGUGCAAUACGUCCCCGUGUGGGGACAACACUUGCAUCAACACCAUUGGCAGUUACAAAUGUGGCUGCCCGGAUGGUUACCAGUUCGACGGUAAUUUGCAAAUUUGCGUUCAGGUGAGCGCUGGAUGCAUCGGAAGCCCUUGCGCCUUUGGCUGCACCCCUAACGGGGCAAAUGGUUUCAUCUGUGGAUGUCCUACCGGGUAUCAACGAAUUGGACAGGGUCACUGUUUAUCCACGAUUAAUCCACUGUCGCAAGGACACUUUGGCGAAGACAUCAGCAGUGCACCAACUUUCGUGAUAAAUCCGGAUCCGUAUCAUAUACCGCCUGCGGACGACAAGACAAUAUCGACGGAAGGCUGCUUUUCUUGCAAGGUUAACGGGAAAGGAAGGCACAGAAGGUAUUUGCGAACGAAAUCAAUGGAUCGGGAAUUGAUCGCGCGGAGGCACGAAAUCAUGAAGAGACGGUUCGUCAGAUCAGCAAAGAGGCACCAUCAUGGCGAAGAGUAUAUCCUCAAGAUCAGCCUUCGACAGACCAGGCAUCGAAUGAGAAUCAUCAAAUUACAACCGGCUGUCAAGGACGAGAACAUGGAAUACACGAUAAUCAAGGGGAACGACGACAAUCAUUUCGAGAUCGUGAACGAGCACGGAAUUUCAGCCCUCCACUUCCGCAAUCGAUUGAAGGAACCCGGCCAAUUCCGGUUGAUGAUACACGGACGUCCGCGAAACGGUAUAAGCGAGGAAAACGAGGUCUGGGAAAGGCCUCUCACCUUCAGAGUACACUUAAUAGUGACCGAGUAAUUCUUAGGGAAAUCGACGUUGCUCGACGUUUCGGUUCUUUUUUUUAGUCAAUUUCCACGAAGUGAACACCGAAACGAAAGGCGAUUGGAAAGGCGAGAGAUUGCCGGGCUGAGUAUUAUUAUUAUACUAUAUAGGCACGAUUCCAUUCUCACGAAUUAGAAAAAACGCUUUGAAAUUUAUGUGUUCAUUCACACA